UUGGAUGAUAUAUAUGGUAAGGGAAUGUAUACAUGCUUUGAGAAAACCUUCCUUCAGGAAGACAUUGCUAUUGUUUACAUUAAGGAUCUAAGUGAUGUCGAAUUUGAGAAAUUAGAAGUUACAAAAAUUGG